ACAAUCUGCUCACAUUUUCUCACUUCACAUGUGUCUAGUGGAGCUGCCAGGGCGAGAGACCCUGCUUUUAACCAAUAGGAAUUUCCUGUAGGCUCAGGGAGGGAAGGCUGCUUUAUGUCCUUGACGUGUGUUUAGUUGCUGAAAGGUAGAGUUUUGAUUCAACAUCAGCACCAGAGUCAGGUGCAGAGCUAGAGCAAGGUACAGCACUAGAGCCAGGACCAUCAGAACCAAGCCCAGAGCUAAAGCUAGGUCCAGCAGUACCAGAUCCAGUACCAGAGCCAGAUCCAGCGCUUGAUCCGCGUUCCAGCAGAGUCAGGUCCAGCGCUAGAACCAAGUCCAACAGAGCCAGGUAUAGCACUAGAGCCGGGACCAUCAGAACCAAGCCCAGAGCUAAAACCAGGUCCAGCAGUACCAGAUCCAGCACCAGAGCCAGGUCCAGCAGAGCCAGGUCCUGCAGUACCAGAGCUAGCGCUGAGUUCAGCACCACAGACAGUUCCCUGCAGCCAGCGCUCUGUUCAGACUCUGAGAAGCAGACUGGAUGCACAUAGAACGUUCAGCAUCCAGCAUCCUUCGACUGGAUACACUGUAUCCCACGCAGCCACAUAGAAGGUUCAGCAUCCAGCAUCCUUCGGCUGGAUACACUGUAUCCCACGCUGCCACAUAGAACGUUCAGCAUCCAGCAUCCUUCGGCUGGAUACACUGUACCCCACGCUGCCACAUAGAACGUUCAGCAUCCAGCAUCCUUCGGCUGGAUACACUGUAUCCCACGCUGCCACAUAGAACGUUCAGCAUCCAGCAUCCUUCGGCUGGAUACACUGUAUCCCACGCUGCCACAUAGAACGUUCAGCAUCCAGCAUCCUUCGGCUGGAUACACUGUAUCCCACGCUGCCACAUAGAACGUUCAGCAUCCAGCAUCCUUCGGCUGGAUACACUGUAUCCCACGCUGCCACAUAGAACGUUCAGCAUCCAGAAUCUUUCGGCUGGAUACACUGUAUCCCACGCAGCCUCUCUGACAGAACGCACGCUGCUUUACUCUGAGCCUUCCUUUCUAUGCUUCUUUCAAAGCCAUUGAGCGGCAACAAUCUUUGCAAUUAGGCUUGGCGUUAUUUGGCUUGUGAUCUCCAAGGACUGAUAUGGCUUCUCCCGGCUCUGGUUUUUGGUCGUUUGGGGCAGAGGAUGGGGACAAGGACAAUAAAACAGAUAACCCCAGCACAGGUAAGCAAACUAAAGCCUGGUGUCAGGUAGCCCAAAAAUUUACAGGAGGAAUUAGCUCAAAAUUAUCAGCCCUGCUUUAUGGCGAAGGAGAAAGAUCACCAGACACUGGAACCAAAGAGGAGAUGGAUUCAGAAAAUAAAGCAAUGUCUUCCCAUUAUGACAAGAACGCCUGCAAAUGCCAAAAAGAAGGAUGUGAUUUUUCUUCAUUGUACUCAACAGAUCUCCUUCCAGCAAAAAAUGGAGAAACAGACACGCUGUGUUUCUUACAAGAGGUCAUGGAUAUUUUACUACAAUAUGUAGUGAAAACUUUUGACAGGUCCACAAAAGUGAUUGAUUUUCAUUAUCCAAACGAGCUUCUUCAGGAAUAUAACUGGGAAUUAUCUGAACAGCCACAGACUUUGGAUGAUCUCCUGCUGAACUGCAAGACAACAUUAAAAUAUGCUAUCAAAACAGGACAUCCAAGAUAUUUUAAUCAGCUUUCAACUGGACUUGAUAUGGUAGGGUUAGCUGCAGAUUGGUUGACUUCAACAGCAAAUACCAACAUGUUUACAUAUGAAAUUGCACCUGUUUUUGUACUUCUAGAGUAUGUCACCCUAAAGAAAAUGAGAGAAAUGAUAGGGUGGCCCGGAGGGUGCGGAGAUGGGAUUUUUUCACCAGGUGGUGCCAUAUCUAACUUGUAUGCUAUGUUGAUUGCACGUUUCAAGAUGUUUCCGGAAGUUAAAGAAAAAGGAAUGGCAGCAAUUCCCAGACUGAUUGCCUUCGCAUCAGAGCAUAGUCACUUUUCUGUAAAGAAGGGAGCCGCAGCCUUGGGGAUUGGCACUGACAGUGUGAUCCUUAUCAAAUGCGAUGAAAGGGGGAAAAUGAUGCCAACAGACCUUGAACGACGAAUUAUUGAAGUCAAGCAAAAGGGAUUUGUUCCAUUCUUUGUGAGUGCUACAGCCGGAACAACUGUAUACGGUGCAUUUGAUCCACUAAUAGCUAUUGCAGAUGUCUGUAAAAAGUAUAAAGUCUGGAUGCAUGUUGAUGCAGCAUGGGGCGGUGGACUGCUAAUGUCUAAGAAACACCGAUGGAAAUUAAAUGGUGUUGAUAGAGCCAAUUCAGUGACAUGGAACCCACACAAAAUGAUGGGGGUACCCCUCCAAUGUUCUGCGCUGCUGGUCAGAGAGGAGGGAUUAAUGCAGAACUGUAAUCAAAUGCAUGCCUCCUACCUCUUUCAACAAGAUAAGCAUUAUGACCUCUCUUAUGACACGGGAGAUAAAGCCUUGCAGUGUGGACGCCACGUCGACAUUUUUAAAUUAUGGCUAAUGUGGAGAGCAAAGGGAACAACAGGAUUUGAAGCUCAAAUUGAUAAAUGUCUGGACCUUGCAGAAUACCUCUAUAACAAAAUAAAGAAUAGGGACGGUUAUGAAAUGGUGUUUGAUGGAAAGCCUCAACAUACAAAUGUUUGCUUCUGGUAUAUACCUCCAAGCAUGAGAAAUAUGGAAGACAAUGAAGAAAGAAUGAGCCGACUAAUUAAGGUUGCACCCGUGAUCAAAGCUAGGAUGAUGGAAUACGGAACAACAAUGGUCAGCUACCAGCCACAGGGUGAUAAAGUAAACUUCUUCCGUAUGGUCAUCUCAAAUCCAGCAGCAACCCAUCAAGACAUUGAUUUUCUGAUUGAUGAAAUUGAACGUCUCGGGCAAGAUUUAUAAAGUAACAAUUCCAAGUCUUUAGAUACAGAUCAGAUUUGUUCAAACUGUGUGAAUGUAUUUGUAGUGUGUUCCAAAGUAAUUCUAUAUUGUGAUGUAAAACUUGAGUAUAGUUUUAUUUGAGAAACACCACUCCUUUACCAUCUUUUCUUUGUACGUUUCUGUUUUACUGGCUGUAUUUGCAAUACUUUAUUCAAACAUCGAGGGACUAUGCCCUUGUAUGUAACAUAUUUCAUGUGUUUAGCAACACGAAUGCUACAUUAUACGAAUGUGCCAAAUGUUUCAGGAAACUUCAAAGUACACUUCGUGUAACGAUGGGAAAAAGAAGAGAAAUUCUUCUUUAAAAAAGUAAAUACGCAUUGCCUUUUAGAUCAUUAAAAUGAUAUUUCUAUUUGAAAUUUGAUAUAUUUAAAAACCUAUAAUUUUACUAAAGAAUAUAUAUACUACAAAUAUCCUAUUUUGUAAAGUAUAGAUUUUAUUUUAUACAUAUAAUAGGUAUUUCUAAUAGGUAUCAAUGAUUACCAAGAGCUAUUUAACCUUUAAAAGAUACUUGAAAUAUAUCUCGACCUGUACGAUACUGCACUGAAUCUUGCAUGAUCCCCUAAAGGGACUAAAACAUUCAUAAAUAUGCACUUUCUAUAUGAUUUCCCCGUGACAUCAUUAAAUGCACAGUAAAGAUGCAUUGAUCUCCGAUAAAUGAGCUUUGGUUUGUUUUGUUUUGUUUUUUAUUUUAUAAGGUGCCACUAGAUUCUGGUAAAUUUGAUUUGAUUUUUUUUAAACCUGUCCAGUUAUUAGACUCUUUGGUCAGAACAAAGACCAGUAACAGAUUGCCUAGGAACAUUUGUGAUUUUAGUUUUAUAUUGACUUCUAUCAAGUGAUCAUGGUCAAUAAGACAAUAUUCAGCAUGUAAUAGAAGAGGAACAACCCUCCACCCCUUCAUUAUAAGACAAAAGUUCUAAUAUCAUAAAUCCAAAAAAUCUAUAACUGCUCCAGCCUCCUCAAGCAAUAUUUAAUUUAUUACUGUUGAAAAGUAUAUAAAGUUAUAUAUUUAAUUUUUGAUACACAUGGUUAAUGGUAGUUAAUAUGUGUAUUUAUGCGUUGGUUUAAAAUGUUUUUAUUACCUCUUGAUUUUUGGAUCAGUCAAGAAUGGUUGAAAAAAGAUAGCCAUACAUAGGCGUACUAUGUGUACAGUGGUAUACCUUGCUGGUUUAACAUGAAUAUUUGCAUUUUGUUUUACGUCCAAACAUGGACUAGUUAUAUGAAGUUUGAAUAGUCUUGACUUGAGCAACCAUGGAUUUUGUGUAUUUAUGUGGGGGAUUAGCCAGUGAUUAAAUGAACUAGAGUACAUUUCAAGUUAGCUUAUGCAAACUCCCAAAUCAAAGCGUUCUAUUUUUUCAAUAUCAUAAACUAACUCACAGUGGCAAAUUGUAGCAACAGGCUCUAUUUGUGCCCUCAUUAGAUUUCCCACAUUUCUAUCUCCAGUUUAACCCAGCCAAGGUUAGUUCCACGUGACUUGUAGCUAGAGUAGGAGGAAAUUAGGCAAUUUCAUUCCAGAUUGGUUAGGAAUAAAGAAGUUGGAAUGUGAUACUUAUUGACAAAUAUCUAAUUAUUAGUGUUAGAUAUGAAACGUUAAUAUCACAGCUUUUUUUUUAAGAGUGGGGAAACAAUAUUUUUCAAAAUUAAAUAACUGGAAUAUUGCAUUACAGCCUGUGUAACGCUUGUCUUAUAUGCAUCUGCCAAAAUCACCUUCGCAAUGUAGGUCAUUAUUUAUUUAUCCCCAAUAUAUUUUUAUUCCUGUCUUGUUUUAAUAAUAUACACGUAUAAUCAAUGUACUAUUAUUUGUACAUUUUUAUUCUAUGUCUCUCUAUUAAUAAGAUUGUUUCACACAGAAUUACAAUUAUGUGUAAGGGUCACAGAUUGUCUUUUUUGCCAUUAUUCUAUGGUACCCUUAAAAAAAAAAAAGAUACUGUUAUUGUACCACAAUCCCCACCUAACUGAGAAAUACUGAAUUUUUAACAACUCUUCGGUCAAAGUUAGCUACUCCUUUUUUACAUUAAUGUAAUAUGCACAUAAAAAUCAAGAUUAACCUAAAUAUACUUAUUACCUAUUCACUCCGAAGCACUUAUUUUUCUGUCUUGAUGAGUGGUUUAUGCUAAUCUACACUGAGUCAAGAAUGGGCAUUAUGUAUCAUUAUUAUUAGUUGUAUAUAUUCAUUUGUAAUUAGUCCACCAUUUCCAUAAUGCACAAAGCGUGGCCAGGCACCUGAAAAGCUCCUAAUUUCAACUGAUUGCCGUUCAUUUUGUUCUUUAAUUAUGUCCUUUGUAAAACUGCACAUACAAAAUGAGAUGUGCUUUUUACAUAUUUCCCUGAAAUCCACCAGGAAAGCUGGUGUGUGGUGCAAAUUGAUAAGUAAAUAAAUGUUAAAAAGGGAAAAUAAAAUUUAAAAAAAUGUACAGGAAAUUGUAUAACAUAUUUAAACCUUAAUUCAUAUGAUUUGCAAGUAUUCCCAGUACUAUGCAGUGCAUUAGAAAACACUAAAAAUUCCACAAAAUGCUAAGGAACAAUUUGUCAUUAGGCUCUUUAGAGAAGAUUAGUAACAACAAAAGAGGUAGCUGCAUAUUUGGAUUAAAGCAACCAGGUUAAUUUUCAAUAAAACAAAUCAAUAAAAAAAAAAAUUUAUUUUAUUUUUUUUUAAAGCCAUAUCUCCAAAAACACUCUCUCUCUCUCUCUGUAAAUGAAAUAAAAAAAAUAUCAUUCUCACCGUUGAAGCAUAAUAACUGCAUGAUUGAGCUCUUGGCAAGUGAUCCCCGAAAGCUUGUCUUGUAGAUAUAUAGUAAUCAUUUUAAGGUACAUUUAAGCAACAUUUUUAUUUUUUUUUAAGUUCUAAAAAGAAUGCAGAGUUAUUAUUUUGUUUACAGCAUCCAUGGUGUCGAUCUCAAGUCACAUAAAUGUGAAUUACAAAAAAAGAAACAAGUGUCUAUGUAUGUGUUGCUUUUAUUAUAUUUAAUAUUGCUGUCUUGUCACCUCAGAUUGAGGUUGUGUACAGUGUUGCUGUAUAAGCUUGUACAAUAUAUUAUUGAUAUAAUUUGGUUUAGUGCAACUGUAUUUUAUUCAUUGUUGUUACUGUAAGAAAAAAAAUGUUAUUUUUAGAUCUUAUACCAGUGUUCUUCCUUAAAAAGCUGCUUUUUUGCAGAACAACAUGUCAGCAAGAUUAGAAUAAAUAAUCUUUAUUUUACCUUAUUAUUUUAAGGCCUUUGUCUGCGGAUUUUAAGAAUAUUCCUGUUUGAGCAAACCAAAUUCAUCCCUAACCUUCUUGUGAGGUGAACUAUAAAUGAAUAUUACAUGAGACAAUAGUUCAAAUGGUAAUUUAAAUAACAAACUGAAAUAAAUUGUUCACAAUAAUCAUUUUCCGUGUCUAAAAGUGUAGUUACGGGUCAGUGUUUAAUAAGAAUUUGUUGUUAAUUAAAGAAGAUUAUGUUCAUUCUGUCUGGAGAGAACAAACUGCUUCUUUGUACCAAAUAUUCACCUGUGUUUUAUUAUUAGAGUAUUUUAUUUUAUCAAUGUUGUCAAUUUGAGAUGUA